GCUGCUGUUCGCUCUGUUUUUCUAUUGACCAAAUCUUCGACAUGUUUCAUUUAAAGAGUAUCAUUUCUUAACAUUUUGUGCUGGAUUUUUUUUUUUUUUUUUUUUCUUAGAAGUGUUAUUCUUGUGAUCUGUCUCACUUUCACUAAAGACAUUGUUUUCAGCCUUCAAUUAAGGAUCAACCUUCAACACCUACAGAGAUGUCAGCGAUCUGCCUCAGUCCAGAUGAUCCAGAGAUCCGGAUUCUUCUGAUGGGCAGAUUUGGUUCUGGGAAAAGCUCAUCUGGAAACACAAUAGUGGGAGAAAAGAAGUUUCAAAUUAGAAAGCAUGAGACUGAUGUUUUUGAGGGUCAAACACAGAUCAGUGGGAAGCAGGUGCAAGUGUUUAUUUCUCCAGAUCCACUGGAUCCAGAUCUGAAUGAAGAGCAGCUGGAGCAGAUGAAAGACACGCUGGUCUCUCAAUGUUCAGCAGGUCUCAGUGCAGUUCUGCUCACAGUUCCUCUACUGGAACCUGUGCAAAAUGAGGAAGAGAUGCUGGAUUAUAUGAAGUGUUUAUUUGGUCCUGAAGUUCAGAAAUACAUCAUGAUUCUGUUCACACGUGGAGAUGAGCUGGAGGAGCUGGAUCAGACCAUUCAUGAAUAUCUACAGAAGGAAAGUAAUGCAGAUGCCCAGCAACUGGUGAAUAAAUGUGGAAGAAAGUUUCACUGUUUCAAUAACAAGAGUAAAUCAGAGAAACAAGUCCAAGAACUACUGCAGAAGAUUGAAGAAAUGAUGAAGAAGAAUGGAUGGAAAUUUACCAUGAAACAAAUGAGGAGAAAUGACAGCAAAAGAGGUCCUCCUAUCACAUUUUCAGGAGAGUCUCCAGCCAAAAUUCCUGAGAGGACAGAUCUCAGACUGGUUCUGCUGGGAAAAACUGGAUCUGGGAAAAGUGCAGCAGGAAACACCAUCAUCGGCAGAAAUGUGUUUGAAACUUCAGCUGGUUCAAAAUCUCAGACAAAACAGUGUCAGUCAGAAACUACAGUGAGGUUUGAUAAAGAGAUCACAGUGAUCGACACUCCUGGACUUUAUGAUACUGAACUCAGUGAAGAACAGGUUCAAAAUGAAAUAGUGAAAUGUGUAACAUUCACUUCUCCAGGACCACACGCUUUUAUUAUCGUCAUUAGAGUGGGUCGAUUCACUGAGGAGGAGAAAAAUACAGUGCAAAAUCUCAAAGUAGUGUUUGGAGAACAGGUACUAAAAUACACCAUGAUCAUCUUCACCCACAAAGAUCAGUUAGAGGAGGAAAAUAAAACCAUUGAGCAGUAUCUGCAGGACGGUGAUCCAGAGCUUAAAAAACUUGUAGAGAGUUGUGGAAAUCGAUUCUUCUGUCUGGACAAUAAGUCUGCCAGUUUCCCACAGUUCAAAGCUCUGAUCAGUAAAAUAGAGAAGAUGGUGGCAAAAAACAGAGGAACAUACUUCACCAAUGACCUGUUUGAGAGAACAGAGAAACACAUUCAGAAGAUUCAGAAACAGAAACUGGAUAAGAAAAUUAAGCAGCACAAACAGCAGCACAAACAGCUCAAUAAAACAGAUUGGCAGGAAAUAUAUUGGAGUUUAGUUGAGGAGUCACGACGGGAAGCUGAGCUAAAAUUGACCAGUGAGGAGGCUGAGAGUGCAGGAGCCCGUGGUUUUAGGGCAGUUAUACAUGCAUUCAGAAAGAUGUGUGCGAUUCAGUGAAAAACCACAGUGAUUACACACACACACACACACAAUAUAUAUAUUAUGUAGCCAAUAGGGGUUAUUAUGCGUAACGCAGAACCUGAUUUUUCAAGUACAGCAUGUUCCUGGAUCAACAUCUUUGUUGACCCUGGAACAACAUUGUGAUUAACCAAUCAGAUUUGAAAAAAAAAACAGUUUAUAGUUUUUGAGAAGUUUAGGCUUACAAUCAGUGUUUGGUGCUUGUACAUCAGUGUCAUUCAUCUAUUAUUUCCUCUGAUUUUAGGGAUUUACUCAUGGGUAAGAUUAGGUUUAGGUGUAGGGAUGUGGUCAAGAUUAAAUUUUUUGAUUAAAAUGUUGUUCCAGGGUCAAGCAAAAACGUUGACCCAGGAACACAUCUAACUCAGCAAAAUCAGGACGUGUUAUGCGUAACAGACGUCCGUAUUCUGUUAAACUGGUCUCAUCAUUUCCAGUUCAAGCGUUUUGUAUAUGCUUCGUUAAAUAUGAGGCUGUUUUACUCAAGAUGCCUUCAAAGUAGAUACCAAAGAUAAUAAUAGCCAUUGUCCAUCAGAUAUUAGGAUUGAUAUCUAAAGUUUUUUAUUUAUUUAUUUAUAACAUUUAGAUAUAAAAAUGGAACUGUCAACAAUAAAAGGAGCCACCUAGUUUAAUGGAUUAUCUUUGAAGUCCAUAGAUAUCAUCGUUAUUUAGUUCAAUGCUGAUCCAGUUCAGUUCAAUAACUUUGUAAAUUCCAUCAAUUAUGAAACAAAUGUCAUUUAAUGGUAAAGCAGAAGGCAAUAUUCGUCAGUGCUCUCAAAUCAAUGGUAUCACUGAAUAUUAAGUGUCUUUCCAACCCCAACGAUUCAAGCCAAAGGUGACAGUGAAAAAAGUAUAAACUCGGUUAGUGACAGAAAUGGAGAAACCAGGCUCAGAAGUCUCAGUUCUGUCAGAUCAUAAUGCAUCACAAAUUUUGGUUAUAUGAACAUUUACACAAACCUUAAUAUCUCAGCUCAAGAUGGUUGUAGAAUGAUCUUUUUUAAAGCAGUCAGCUUCACGACACAUGGACUUCUAAAGAUGGACUGACCCUUGAGAGAACUGCUUGAGAGAACCGCUUUUAUGAUAGAUCUUUUUACUGAUUUGCUGUAGUUUCUCCAGCUGUGCUGAAGUGAAGCAAAUAUGUAAAACCACUUCAGUUUGAGCUGAACUGAAGCUGGACCACACACUUUUAUUAUUGUCAGUAAAGUGAGUCAAUUCGCUUAAAAGGAGAAAAGA